AAAAAACCAUUAACCCACCCAGAAAUCGAACCCGUGACCCAUCCACCCUUCUUCUUAUUCCUCUAUACCCUGUUCCGCCGCCGCCGGGAGAUUUCCCCUCGGUCUCCCUGCUGCAGCCCCCGCCGCCGGAUCCAGAUUCGCGAGGAAGAAGAAAGUGAGAAGCUGGCGCCCCUUGGAACGCUCUUUCCCCUUCUAAUCACUCUGCUGGCGACUUCGCCAUGGAUGCCGGCCACCAGGAAGCCUUCGAUAUUCUCCUUAAUGCUGGAAUUCAAGCUGAAUUGAUUCUUGGAACCAUUGCAAGGAGAGAAAAUGAGAACAACAGCAACUCCAAUGGGGAUUAUUUGGAAGAUAGGGUUAGUUUUAGCGAAGACAAGCUCUUGGACUCUCACAGUAAAGGUGUUAUGAUGGCUUGGGAGAAACCUCUGAUGGAGGCACACGCCAAGGACCAUGGCGAAGAACCGGCUUUUUUGGUUCCUCCUUCUCACUUUCUUUUUCCUCGCGAAUCUGGAUCCAGCGGCGGGGGCUGCAGCAGGGAGAUCGAGGGGAAAUCCCUCUGGCGGCGGUGGAAGCAGGGUAUAGAGGAGGAAGAAGAAGGGUGGAUGGGUCACGGGUUCGAUUUUUGGGUGGGUUAAUGGUUUUUUGUAGGUUGGGUGGGUUGGGUUGUUUUUAUAUGAGGUGACAUGUUUUUCUGACGUGGCGGGUCAAUUUCUGUUUUCUCUUGGGUUAAAAUUGGGUGACUAGGCAUCUCUGUUAGCCACGUCAGCAGUUACCUUACGGCACUAACGGAGUCUAACGGAGGUUAACGGAAAGUGACCGAACUUGGACUAUUCAACUAAUUUAAGUGACUACGAAUGGAAUAAACGAAUUCGAGUGACCAAACGCGAAAUUUUGUAGCAAUUCGAGUGACCAAACUUGCAAUUUAGCCCUUAUAAAAAUUUUGUCCCCGG